UUUGCGCUGUUGUACACAAUGCCAUUCAUGCCACGGGGUGAAAACCGGCGAAGCUCCUGCUCCGUCUUCCCAACAAUGUGGAGAACAUGCAGUAUUUUUUGCGCAUGGACUCUACUGUUCUUGACAGAAGUCUUUGCGCAGUCCCAACAGAGACCAAUCUUUACAUGUGGCGGAAACAUCACAGGAGACUCUGGAGUAAUCGGGAGCCAGGGGUACCCGGGAGUUUACCCUCCAAAUACCAAAUGUGUGUGGAGAAUAACAGUCCCUGAGGGCAAGGUGGUGGUCCUGUCAUUCCGCUUCAUUGAUCUGGAGAGCGACAACCUGUGUCGCUACGACUAUGUCGAUGUCUACAGUGGCCACGUCAAUGGACAGAGACUGGGUCGCUUCUGUGGGACAUUUAAGCCAGGAGCCCUUGUUUCUACAGGCAACAAGAUGCUCCUGCAGAUGGUAUCUGACGCCAACACUGCUGGGAGUGGUUUCUUGGCUGUUUUCUCUGCUGCCCAUCCACAUGAGAGAGGGGACCAGUACUGUGGAGGCAGGCUGGUUAAGCCCUCUGGGACUUUCAAAACACCCAACUGGCCCGAGAAGGACUACCCAGCUGGUGUCACCUGCUCCUGGCAUAUAGUGGCACCAAAGAACCAGAUAAUUGAAGUGAAGUUUGAGAAGUUUGAUGUGGAACGAGAUAACUACUGCCGCUACGACCACGUCUCCAUUUUCAACGGGGCAGAAAUCAAUGAUGCAAAGAGGAUUGGCAAAUACUGUGGAGACAGCCCCCCCGCGCCAGUGUUCUCGGAUGGGAAUCAGCUCCUAAUCCAGUUCCUGUCAGAUCUCAGCCUGACUGCUGAUGGCUUCAUUGGACACUACAAGUUCAGACCAAAGAAAUUCCCCACCACCACAAUACCACCUACAACUACCACACAGCCAGUCACCACCAGGCCCAUACCUCUGAAGUACUCUGUUGCCCUGUGCCGGCAGAAAUGUAAAAGACGAGGAACGCUCGAGAGCAAUUACUGCUCCAGCAAUUUUGUGAUAACUGGGACUGUUAUUACGGGAGUGAUUAGAGGAGGAAGUAUGUACGCCACUGUCUCUAUUAUAAAUGUGUAUAAAGAAGGCAGCCUGACAAUCCAGCAGGCAGGAAAGACAAUGAGCACCAAGAUCAUUAUCCUGUGCAAAAAGUGCCCAGUUAUCAGAAGAGGCUUGAACUACAUCUUCAUGGGCCACGUGGAUGAGGAGGGCCGCGGAAAAAUCGCCCCGCACCACUUUGUUAUGGCGUUUAAGACAAAGAACCAAAAAGUGCUCAACGUUUUGAAAAACAAGCAGUGCUGAGUUCCAGUAGCGCUGGUGAUCUUCUGUUAACUGGCCCGCCCGAGGCUCGACUGUGGAUGGAAACAAUUACGUGGAGAAAAAAAAAAAAAAUGUCCUUCUCAAGAACACAAACACAGGAUAAAAGAAAGCAAAUCUGAAUCUGUUUGCAGAGCUGCCACUACAGAACGAGGAAGCUAUGUGAUUUAUUCAAGUGAUGGAAGCUCAGAUUUGUGUGUUCAGUCAUUUUCCUGUAUAAUCAUUGUAAAAACAAAGUACACCACAUAUGUCAGUUCUGAGAUUUUACGUGUCAGGAUAUAAUAAAAAUUCAUCUGGUCUUUUUGUUUAACAAAAACUAAGUCAAAAUGCAAAAGCAGUGUGUGAAACAACUAAAUACACAAGAUUCAGUGUAACCACUUUUAGCAGCAAUAACUUGAAGCAGUCAUCUUCUGUAUGACUUUAUCAGUCUCUCGCAUCAUUGUGGAGGGAGUGUUAAGGUCCUACCACAGCAUCAGCGAUCAGCUUCAGGUCUAGACUCUGACUGUUCCAUUGCUGUUGGAGAUUUGCUGGAGUGCUUGGGAUCAUUGUCUUGCACCACGUUUGGAGGAAACCAAAUACAGCAUAUCAACACGAACACCUCCUUCCAGUUGUAGAGAACAGUGCUGGAGGGGUGAUGAUUUGUGCUUGUUUUACAGCCACAGGACCUGGGCAACUUGCAGUCAUUGAGUUUACUAUGCACUCCUCUGUACAGCUAUGAUCCAGUUUGAGCCAAACUUUAGCCGUCACGUAGAUGGCCUCAUAUUUGACUCUAGAAUACUUUGGUAUACAAAGGAGUGGUGAUACUGUGUUUGGUUUUCGGCAAACGUGGCUCUGUGCAUCAUGGCCAAACACUUACUUUGGUCUCACGUGUCCAAAGGACAUUGUUCCAGAAGUCUUGUGGUUUGUGCAGAUGCAGCUUUCCAAAUCUAAGCCGUGCUGCCAUGUUGUUUUCAGAGAGGAGCUUUCUCCUGCCAGUCCUUCCAAAUAAGCCACUCUUGUUCAGUCUUUUUCUAAUUGUACUGUCAUGAAUUUUAACAUUUAAACAACUUCUGCAUCUAUAGAGGUGCUCACACUUGCUGAUGAUCAAUUGGUGCAACGCACAUUCGAUUAGCAGCACCUGCUGCUACUUACCUUCUUAAUUCUUAUAGAAGCAGUAAGGGUGUUCUUAGUUUUUCAUACACUGCUUCUGCAUUUUUGCAUUCUUUUUUUUUUUUUUUUAAAUAAAUAAUGACACUGUAAAUUUUUUUUUUUUUUUUGGUUUAUCUGAAGUUGUAUUUACCUAAUUUUAAGCCCUGCUAAAGAGCAGAUGAUUUUUUAUCAUGUCCUGAUACAUAAAAACUUAGAUGUGAAAGAGAGCGGUCUUUCUUUUUUACCAUGACUGUACAUCGCAUGGUUUGGGAACAAACAAGACGCUGAGAAAUUCCCAUCUGUCUUCAGUUAAAAAGAACAGUCAGUCUGUUUUGUAUCAUCAGAUUAAUCAGCAACAUAAUUAGUUGGAAAUUUUCACCUCUGUUCUCAGACCAUUCUCUGCCUGGUCACAUUCAUGUCAUGCUCCUAGCGCAGAAUUAAACUGACACCAGUAACUGGUGCCUGAAAUUGGCAGAACAGCAGUUAAUUACCAUGCUUUACGUAAAUUAAACAUUAUUCAUAUUGUUUAAAAAAAUUCAGUGUGCACAUCUGCUCUGGCAUUCCAUAGCGGGACCUUUACUCUCACAGUAUUCCAUAUUCUGUCUUUUCAGUUUUCCCCUUUGAGGCUCUUGAAUACAAUGUGAGUAAAGGAUGGAGUUGGUGCAUUAAAUGAAGAUGUCUGUCUGGGAGACUAGUCAUUUAUUUAACAAACCUGCUUAAUAUACACAGGGAACCUGUUGGAGCUAAUUGCUGUAGUUUUUAAUGAUGGUUAAGCACCUGCCAUUAAAUUCCCGAGUUCAGUUUUAAUAAGCUGGUUUGGAAGUUUUAAUUGUGGUGAUUUAAUGUGCAAUAUUUAACACAUGCAAGAUUCAUUUAAAACAGUUUUCUUCUGGUUUCAUGUUAAGCAAGCGAGGAGUUCAUUUGCUGAGGCUUUAUUCAUUAGUUUGGUUAUGGAUUCAAAGCAUCAUUGUUAUCACAAUAUUCACUUAGUGUCUUUUUU